GGUGGGUGGGGCAAGAAGCGUCAGGGUGGCAUGGUUGCCGUAGGAGAAGGUUGGUCGCGUUUGACACGGCAGUGUUUGUCGUCAGCCAGUCGUGAACGAUCUCGGCCCCCCUCUGAGGGUGCCGUGGUGGCGAUGUAUCUGAGGGUGCCAUUGUGGCGAUGUAUCCGUCGUGACCCCGUUGUGUUAUGUUCGGGUCUCCCCCUCGCACUCGGUUGAGACACAACCGAGAUACUGGGAUAGGUCCGCUUGAUGAGAUGCCAUCACGGUAGAGAGGCGGGGUUAACAUCCGUGAGAUGUCAACUCCUGAGAACUCGUCGUGUUCACGAUGUUUCGGUCCGGGAAAUCUGUCCUGCAUCAUUUUGCGGCCGUAACGCCGUCUGUUACUCGUGAACCGUUUCGGCGCGGUAGGUCAAAGGGGUGGGUAAACUCGCGAGAACGUUG